GGUGCCAAGCUUUUGACCAGCCACACUCCGAAUGUCGAUGAUAGUCAACUGGUCAAAACAACUCAUCUCAUCAACAGCAACAGCAACAGCAACAGCAACAACCAUCAGCAGAAGAACAACAGCCAUCAGAACGACCAACUCAAGAUAUUCGACGACGACGACGACGACGAGGAGGAGUAGUAAGAAUCAAACGAUGAUCUCUGUCAGUGAUCUUAACCCGGCUAUCAUUCAGGCCCAAUACGCCGUCAGAGGAAGGAUCGCCCUUCGAGCGGAACAACUUAGAGCUACUUUACAAGCUGAUCCGGAUGCCAAAAAUCAACUAGGAUUCGAUUCGAUCAUCAAUUGCAACAUCGGAAAUCCGCAACAACUCGGCCAGAAACCGAUCACCUUUUAUCGCCAAGUGGCAUGUUUGACGGAAUAUCCGGAAUUGAUGGACGCUCCUGAGGCCUCCAAGUUGUUUCCUAAGGACGUCGUAGACCGUGCUAGGUCUCUUUUGGACUCCAUCGGCAGCGUCGGAGCGUACAGUCAUUCGAUGGGCGUCCCAAUCAUUCGACAACAUAUAGCCCAAUUCAUCCAGAAACGGGAUGGAUUUCCAGCGGACCCAGAGACGAUAUAUUUGACAGCAGGAGCCUCAGCAGGAGUGUCGAAUAUCAUGCAACUAUUACUAUCAAAGGAGACGGAUGGAGUGAUGAUACCGAUUCCACAAUACCCAUUAUACACGGCGGCGUUAGCCCUGAACUCGGCACGAGCGGUGGAAUACUACCUUUCGGAGGCGGACGAUUGGGCGCCGAAUCUAGCCGGCUUAGAGGAAGUGAUACGGAAGGCACAGGAGGAGGAUCAGACGAAGGUGCGGGCGAUGGUGGUGAUUUCACCGGGGAACCCGGUGGGCAAUUGUCUGAGUCAAGAGAGCAUGGAAGCGAUUGUCCGGUUCUGUUUCAAGCACAAGAUCUUGUUGCUAGCCGACGAGGUCUAUCAGACCAACAUCUUCGAGCCCGAGCAACGGCCGUUUGUCUCGUUCAAGAAGGUGGUCCGAGGGAUGGAGGAGUCGAUUGCCUCGGGCCAGGGAUUGAUCAGCUUCCACUCGAUCUCGAAGGGACAGACGGGCGAAUGCGGCCGUCGAGGCGGUUACUUCGAGCUCGUCAACAUCCCCAAAGAGGUCCAAGAGCAAGUCUACAAGAUGGCCUCCAUCCAACUCUGUCCGCCCUUGGCCGGCCAGAUCGGCGUCGAUCUCCAAGUCAAGCCGCCCCUCCCUGGUGACGAAUCUUAUCCCCUCUUUAAGAGCGAGGUCGACUCGAUUGCACAGGCUUUGGCAGAUCGCUCAAAGACCCUCGCCGACUCGUUCAAUCGGCUCGACGGCCUCUCCUGUCGAAAGGCCCAGGGCGCAAUGUAUCUCUUUCCCAAACUCGAGCUCCCGACUAAGGCUCAUCAAGCCGCCGAACAAGCAGGCUUACCUGUCGACGAAUUCUAUUGCAUGGAAUUGUUAAAUCAAACCGGGAUUUGCAUUAUUCCGGGAUCGGGGUUCGGCCAAGAGCCGGGGACGUUCCACUUUCGGACGACCUUCUUGGCCCCUCAAGUGGAGGACUAUGUGGCUCGGUUCAAACAGUUUCAUUCCGCUUUCUUGAACACCUAUUCAUGAUCACCUUCGAAGAAUGGAAACCCCCCCUCCCAUCGAUCUCACUUUUUGUUCAUUUACAUACGCACCAUACCGUUGUUUAUCGCAGUCCUUCUUAUUUAUCUCUCUUCUAUAUUCUGUUUCCUCCUCUCUUUUCUUUUGAAAUCAAGGAACACACAUCAUUCCAAUCACUUAAUGUGACUUGAAGACGUCACUUUCAUGGGCAGCUCUGAUAGAUAUACAUACAUCUAUGUCAGACCUAUCAUACUUACAGAUCAUUUUGUGAAUACAUAUCAAAUCAGAUUUCCUUUUCAUAGCCAUCUCCACUCAAUCUACUCUCUACCUCAUAAUCCAUGCUCCUCCUGAUCCAUCUGAUGGUUAUAUACACAUACACAUAAACAAGAAUGGAUUGAUGAUACCAUGCAUACAUA